AAAUUAACUUUGUCGAAAUCUGUUUCAGGAAUUUAGAGACUAGUUUUCUUGAAUCAAAUAAGUUUAAACGCUUAAUCUAUAAAUUAAUUGCAAAUAUGGCAUCAAAGUGCAGUCAAUUGCUACGUGUCGCUGCUAUACGUAAUGCAUUCGUCCCCCCUGCACGCUUUGCUGCUAAAAAGUCUAAUGACCAGUUGACUCCUGAGGAAAAGAUCAAGUGUCUGCAAUACCGCUUCCAACGUGAUGAUGGUCUUCCGGUUUGGUUGAAGGGUGGUCCUAAUGACAAGUACUUGUACCAGGCAACUUUGGGACUUUGCGCUCUUGGAUUGCUGAUGAACUUUCAUUUGUACUUUGGUUACAUUCUUUAAAAUUCUUUAUGGAUUUAUCGAAAUUCUGGCAAUGUAGCAAUUGUUUGGAAAUUUCGAAAAAUGUUUGUUUUCUACAAACUUAUUCACAUUAAAAUAAACGUUUGAGAGCUAUUAAUCAA